CAAGCGGCCGGAAACGCCUAUUAGAGUUGACAGGGGUUGAAAUGGCGUAAAGACGGCAACCAACAAAAUGCAGGAUUCUUCGGAACAACACGAAACUGCACCUACAACAUGGACUGUUGAUGAUGUCGAUGUCGAGUUUUUGCCCCUGAUUUACGAGAUUAUCAGGAGCUUGGAGAAGGACCCCCACGAUAACGCACAGAAGUCAAGAGAUUCCCUAGAUACUACUCAAAAAAUUUUAGAGCUGCAGAGAAAACUAGAAAAGGCGAGAGAACAAAUUCGGAAGCUUCCUGGCAUUGAGUAUAAUACUGAGGAGCAGCUGAAGCAAUUAGAUGUCCUCCGAAAUCAGCUUCGCUUGAAGCGUGAGCUAUUGCACAAGUACCGCAAUAUGUGUUCUUUUGAAAUACCCAAAGCCUAAGAAACUGCACCUGGAGUAUGGAUUUUUUCAGAAGAAUUCUCUUUCGAGUACUUCAUGAUGAGCGAGUCAUACAUAAAUUGUCUGAAUCUCGCCCUAUAAGGAUUGUUGCUCGAAUUUGUGCAAGUUUAUUUAUGGAAGGAAAAGCCAUUACACAAGAUCCAGCCUUCAAAAAGUUAGAUCCAAAAGCUAUCAAGGAGGUCGCGACUGGACUGUCAAAAGAGUUCAUUAAAACAACAAAAGAGGGCAAAGACGCAAUCAAAGAGACUGUUGAAAAGAUUAGGGACAUGACAAAGAAAGGUUAAACCAUUGA